UACUAUGAUUUGAUGAUUCUCUGUAGCGGACGCAGCCUUAGCCGCCGUCAGCGCUAGGCAAAGAAAGAAUCAAAUUCGACUCCUAAGUCUUAAGUCUUAACUCGCAUGCUAUGCAGCUUUAUGCUAUUGCUAGUAACUGCCCAUAUAAACUCAUGAGAUUCACGCCUUCUUCCAAAUUCUUAGCCUUUUCUAAUCCCUUUUACAAACCCUCUUUCCCUUUCCCUCCAACCCCGAACUUCGCAUCUUCCAUUACCGCCACUAUGUCUACUGUUUCCACUCAAAACGACGCCGUCACCCACAAAGCGCAUCAACCUUUGCAGAUUGCGAAGCGCUUAGAGAAGUUUCAGACAACAAUCUUCACACAAAUGAGCUUGCUUGCCAUCAAGCAUGGAGCCAUAAACCUUGGUCAAGGCUUUCCCAACUUUGAUGGUCCAGAAUUUGUAAAGGAAGUGGCGAUUCAGGCAAUCAGGGAUGGGAGAAAUCAGUAUGCCCGGGGUUAUGGAAUUCCAGAACUGAACCUUGCCAUUGCUGACAGAUUUAAGAAAGAUACUGGACUAGUGGUAGACCCUGAAAAGGAAGUUACUGUUACAUCUGGAUGCACAGAAGCAAUUGCUGCAACUAUAUUAGGAUUAAUAAAUCCUGGUGAUGAGGUUAUCCUCUUUGCUCCUUUUUAUGAUUCUUAUGAGGCCACUUUGUCCAUGGCUGGUGCAAAAGUAAAAGGCGUCACUUUGCGCCCUCCAGAUUUUGCUGUUCCUCUUGAAGAGCUGAAGUCUGCUAUCUCAAAGAAUACCCGUGCCAUUCUUAUAAAUACCCCUCACAACCCUACUGGAAAGAUGUUCACUCGAGAGGAGCUCAAUGCCAUUGCAUCUCUUUGCAUUGAGAAUGAUGUUCUAGUUUUCACUGAUGAAGUUUAUGAUAAGUUGGCAUUUGAUAUGGAGCACAUUUCCAUGGCUUCUUUGCCUGGAAUGUACGAAAGGACCGUGACAAUGAAUUCCUUGGGGAAGACAUUCUCCUUGACAGGAUGGAAGAUUGGUUGGGCCAUAGCACCCCCACACUUAACAUGGGGAGUGCGACAGGCACACGCUUACCUUACUUUCGCAACCUCCCAUCCUUUUCAGUGUGCUGCUGCAGCUGCUCUUAGAGCCCCAGACUCUUACUAUGCAGAGCUGAAGAGGGAUUAUAUGGCAAAGAGAGCUAUCUUGGUUGAAGGAUUGAAUGCUGUCGGCUUCAAGGUAUUCCCAUCCAGUGGAACCUACUUUGUGGUUGUAGAUCACACCCCUUUUGGACUGGAAAAUGAUGUUGCAUUUUGUGAAUAUCUUGUUAAAGAAGUGGGAGUGGUGGCAAUCCCUACCAGUGUAUUUUACUUGAAUCCUGAAGAGGGAAAGAAUCUAGUCAGAUUUACCUUCUGCAAGGAUGAGGAUACUAUUAGGUCUGCUGUUGAGAGGAUGAAAGAGAAGCUUAGAAAAUGAUCCCAAUGCAUUAUCAAGUCAUGAUAUGCAUUGGAUUGAAGACAUAUUUACCAUUGUAGAAAGCCCGAAUGUAGGAUUUUAAUAACUUCUGGUUCAUUGAAUUGGAUGCCGGGCAGUCUUUAGUAACUACCAAUUUCUUAUCUGUCUAUUUUUUUUUUCUUCCCUGACAUCGAUCGUUUAAUGACCAGAAAUCAUGCCCUAUCAGCUAGUAAGUGAUGCCAUUCAGAUAUGUAACUUUUACAUUUAUGAGUUUUAUUUCCAUGAACCAUGAUCACGUUCUUGCUGAACCUUAUAUCCCCUGGUUCUCUAGCCUUUUCUUUCUUUCGUUUGGAUGCAGGGGAUCAAUAAUAAAACGGCAUAUGACCCCUUAA